AUGAUUUCGAUUUCGGGUCCGGAAAGCAUAGCAAGAAUUAAUGAAGAUCCAUAUAAAAUUAAAUCAGUACAAGAAAAAUACAAGAAAAAGUAUGAUCAUAUAGAUUACAUAAAAAUGUGA